AUGGAGGGGGAGAGUACGUCGGCCGUGCUCUCCGGCUUUGUGUUCGGCGCGCUGGCCUUCCAGCACCUCAACACCAACUCGGACAUGGAAGGUUUUCUCCUUGGGGAAGUAAAAGGUGAAGCCAAGAACAGCAUUACUGACUCCCAAAUGGAUGAUGUUGAAGUUGUUUAUACAAUUGACAUUCAGAAAUAUAUUCCAUGCUAUCAGCUUUUUAGGUUUUAUAAUUCUGUAGGUGAAGUUAAUGAGCAAGCAUUGAAGAAAAUAUUACCAAAUGUCCAAAAGAAUGUGGUGGGUUGGUACAAGUUCCGACGUCAUUCAGAUCAGAUUAUGACAUUCAGAGAGAGACUACUUCACCAAAACUUACAAAAGCAUCUUUCAAACCAGGAACUUGUUUUUCUGCUACUAACAACAAGUAUAACAACAGAAAGCUGCUCUACUCAUCGGUUGGAACAUUCCUUACAUAAACCGCAAGAAGGACUGUUUCACAGGAUACCUUUAGUGGUUGCCAAUCUGGGCAUGUCUGAACAAGUGGGUUAUAAAACUACCUCAGGUUCCUGUACAUCCACUGGUUUUAGCCGAGCAGUAAAAACACACAGCUCUGAAUUUUUUAAAGAAGAUGGAUCUUUAAAGGAAAUACAUAAGAUAAAUGAAAUGUAUGCUUCGUUUCAAGAGGAAUUAAAGACUGUAUGCAAAGAAGUGGAACACAGUGAGAGAGCAGUAGAGAAACUACUAGAAGAGGUGAACAUAUUAAAACAAGAAAUUAAAAAAAGAAAACAAAUGCAGAUCCAUGCAGCAGGAGAAAAGAAUGUCCCCGAAGAACCUCAGGAGAAUAUCUUUCUUUGUCAAGCUUUACAGACUUUAUUUCCUGAUUCUAAACUCCUUCAAUCAUGUGUUAUCUCUUUGCAAAAUAGGCACCUAUCUGAAACUUGCUGUAAUACUACCCAUGUUGAUGUGGUAGACAAACUGACUUUAAUGGUAGAAUACACCAGUGCUCCUGGAGCUAGUCAAGCUUGCAUGCAGCAAAUAAGUAAGCGCAAAGCCUUAGACAUGGACGAUGGGUUGCAGAUCAAGAAAUCACGGCUACUAGAGACACAAAACAAUCAAUUUAAAACAGAUACUGAUAGCAGCAACCACGACAGAGCAUCGGCAGGGAGCAGUCCAGAAACAGAUGAAGACAUGGAGAAGAUGAAGGACUCUGAUGAAUAUCCACACUCGCCUACGUUUUGAUUCUCUUAGACAAAGAAAUUUUUGAUUGGCUGAAGGGCAAAACCAAACAUUCCUAUUGUUUUUAUUGUGUUGCACUAUUUGUAGUAAUGCAUAAAUUCUAAUGCAUGUUUACUUUAUAAAGUACUUUUUUAAAAUAUAAGAUACUUUUAUUAUAAAAUCAAAUGUUUUGCCUCUACAAGGAAUGACUUAAAUAGGUGCAUUUUCAUUCUUUAGAAUUGGAAAAGAGAUUAAUGUUUUCACAAUGUGGAAGAAAAUGUGAACAAUUAUUUUUCUGUCAUAAAAGUUCCCAUUCCUUAAGGAAUAUAAAUAGUACAUUAAGGCUGUGGUUGGCAGAUGAAACACUGAAUACCAUGCCAUUUUUGGGUCAUGCACAAACAAAGCAAAAAAUUGUUUUAGGUUUUUAUUUUCAUAUACUACUAAGGAAAUAACUGUAUGUGAUAAAAUAACAACUUUAUAGUUUUAUCUGAAGUUCAUAUUUAAUUAAGUCUCCAGUAUUUUUACUUGCAACUGUCAUCAUGGCACAAACCUAAAUGCCUCAAAAUCUAAAUUCCUCUCUCUCUAACAUUUGAGUAACUAAAAUUUUUUUUUUGAGUGACUAAAUUUUGAGUAUGGUAUCAGCCUUUGUGUUUUAGGAUCAAUAGAUGGUUAAAGCAGGGCAUCCAGGACUUUAUAACACAUACACACAUUUGUGUGUACAGAUAUAACUUAGAAAUGAUACCAGUGGUUCCAGAGCACUGAAAUAAAGCAGUUUUGAUUGGAUGUUGUUCUCUGGAUUAUAUUGGUAAAUCCAAGAUUUGUCCUCAGUUACUUUCAUUCCUUGAAACUCUUCAUUAGCGUCAAUCUUGCUUAAAAGGCUGAUGAAAAGACUAGUUCUUUGAGCUAGCUGGUAUUUGUGCAAUACUUUAAGUAUCUUUUUUUUGAAGGAGUAUGUCUUCAGUAUAGCUAUCCAUUGAUGGCAAAAACAUGCUUAAACAUCUUUUGUUUGCAAUAAAGCAAUGCAAGUGUGAUUUGGAAACACAGCAGCAAUACUUUUUGACUUCUGUUAUUUGCUUCUUAAAAUUUUUAAAGCCCACUCAUAUACGUGCACAUGUAUUAAUGUAUAUUAGCAAUAUUUUAACCAAGUAAAAAAGUGCAUUUACAGUGAUACCGCAAUUGUCCAAGACUCCAAGCUCGAACUUUCCAGUACUUGAACAGCAAAGUUCAAAAAAGUCUGCUUGGUAUUCAGUACUUUGCUCAAUAGACAAGCUGAAAAUCCAACUUGAGAAAACCUGUAUGGGAUAAGAGUGGGUCACACUUUAUGUCUCACAUCGGAUACAAAAGGGUGAUGCUGCUUCAGUCUCAGCGGCACUCUCAAACAACAAUACAGUGCUUAGGUUAGUGUUAAAAAUGUGCUUUUUUUGUGUGCAUAAAAUAUGGUAGCUAUGGCUCCAGAGAAAGUUAGUGAUACCAGCAGUAAAACUCACAGGAAACCUGAGAACUAUAACAGUUAAAGAAAUUGAGUUGCCACUGGUCAAAUGGGAGUAAACACAACAUAACUAUUGACAUCAACAUUUUUUUUGGGGGGGGGACAUGUGAUUAAAGUGGCUAAUGCAGCAAAAGGUGUGAACUCGUUAGCCACGAAAUAAAGCACCCAGGCCAUCAGAGGUUGAAAAGUUAACUGUUAAUUUGGAUACAUCAGAAACAACUCACUGGUGACAGCAUAUCCGAGACUAUGACAUUGGAGAAGUCUAAACACCCCAAUUGUAAAUUUUUAAGUGUAAUUUUGGGGCCUUAGAACUAAUUAUUUGGUUUCCCAUUAUUUCUUAAUGUGAAAAAUAAAUUCAGUUCUCAAA